CAGCCGUGGAUCUCAAUCCCAACUUUACACUAUAAAUAUUUACUCAAUGCACCAUCCUCCAUCGCCAUUUUACACUUCUCUGUCUCUCUGCGCUAUACCUCAAGCUCGAAAGAAAUGGAGACUUUCUUGUUCACAUCUGAAUCAGUUAAUGAGGGACACCCUGAUAAGCUCUGUGAUCAGAUCUCUGAUGCCGUUCUCGAUGCCUGCCUCGCCCAGGACCCCGAAAGCAAGGUGGCAUGUGAGACGUGCACAAAGACUAACAUGGUCAUGGUCUUUGGUGAGAUCACCACCAAGGCUGAUGUAGAUUACGAGAAAAUUGUGCGUGAUACUUGCCGUUCCAUUGGUUUUGUAUCGGAUGAUGUGGGUUUGGAUGCAGACAAAUGCACGGUUCUAGUUAACAUUGAGCAGCAGAGCCCUGAUAUUGCUCAAGGUGUCCAUGGUCACCUCACUAAGCAUCCCGAGGAAAUUGGUGCUGGUGACCAGGGCCAUAUGUUCGGCUAUGCCACUGAUGAGACCCCUGAAUUGAUGCCUCUCAGCCAUGUCCUUGCAACAAAGCUUGGUGCUCGUCUCACUGAAGUUCGCAAGAAUGGUACUUGCCCUUGGCUGAGACCUGAUGGCAAAACUCAAGUGACAGUCGAGUACUACAAUGACAAUGGUGCCAUGGUUCCGGUCCGUGUACACACUGUCCUCAUCUCCACACAGCACGAUGAGACUGUUACAAAUGAUGAAAUCGCUGCCGAUCUCAAGGAGCAUGUGAUCAAGCCUGUCAUUCCUGAGAAGUACCUAGACGAGAAGACUAUAUUCCACUUAAAUCCUUCUGGCCGAUUUGUCAUUGGUGGACCUCAUGGUGACGCUGGUCUCACUGGUCGCAAGAUCAUUAUCGACACUUAUGGAGGAUGGGGUGCUCACGGUGGUGGCGCCUUCUCUGGCAAAGAUCCCACCAAAGUGGACAGGAGUGGAGCCUACAUUGUUAGACAGGCUGCAAAGAGCAUCGUUGCUAGUGGACUUGCUAGGAGGUGCAUUGUGCAGGUUUCGUAUGCCAUUGGGGUACCUGAGCCCUUGUCAGUUUUUGUAGACACAUAUGGUACUGGAAAGAUCCCUGACAAGGAAAUUCUCAAGAUUGUGAAGGAGAGCUUCGAUUUCAGGCCUGGUAUGAUAUCCAUAAACCUGGAUCUUAAGAGGGGUGGCAAUCACAGGUUCUUGAAAACUGCUGCUUAUGGGCAUUUUGGCAGAGAUGACCCUGAUUUCACAUGGGAAGUGAUCAAGCCUCUCAAGUGGGACAAGAGUCGAGCUUAAUUAACGGUUAUCCAUCUCAUAAACUGAGGCGUGCUGCCUGUCGUUUAACUUUCCAGAAAUCUAGCCACUGGCUUUUGUUUGUUUGACUAUAAACUGAGGCGUGCUGCCUGUCGUUUAACUCUCCAGAAAUCUUGCCACCGGCUUAUGUUUGCUCGACUAUACUUUAGUGUUUUUUUUUUUUUUCAAUUAAAGAAUAAUGUUUCUUUUUGGUGUAACUGAAGUAAAGGUGAAUACAGAUUAAGCUGUGUCAGCUCUCUUCAUCGUUUGAUAUAUAAGAUUUAUAAAAGAAAUCCAUAUUUCUGUU